CUAGGCUUGGCACUACCCGGGCUUGAAGUGCCCCGGCCACUGCAGUCAGAAAUUUGCAGUUUUUAACACCCAGGGUUCAGAUCUGAGCUUCAAGUUCAGACAUUCAGAAUCACAGUGACAAAGCCUGUUCUGCACAAGGGGAACCUGGAAAGACGUGAACGCUGACAAAUCUUUUGAGAACUAGACAUUGUUUGAGGCGCCUUCUAACGACCUUUGAGCUCACAGCGUGCUUGUGCAAGGAUCUGGUCACGAUGGUUGCAGAGGGGACGGAGGGACGAGUUAUAACGCUUGAGGAAGCGUCAAAGCACACCACAGAGAAGGACGCCUGGCUUGUUAUUCAUGGCAAGGUUUACGAUGUCACCAAGUUCUUAGAGGAACACCCGGGAGGUGACGAGGUUCUAUUGACAUCAACAGCCAAGGAUGCCUCAGAAGACUUUGAGGAUGUUGGCCACAGCGACAGUGCCCGGGACAUGCUAAAGAGUUACUACAUCGGAGAGUUUGACAUGAGCAGUCUCCCAGCAAAGGUGGUAGCAGCUCGAGCGGCAGCUGCCACACGAGCCGCAGCAAAGUCGGGGGAGGAAACCACGCAAGAUGCGAGCCAGGACUUUGACGAUGUGGGGCACAGUAAGAGUGCGAUCAAAAUGCUAGAACAAUAUUAUGUUGGCGAUUUGCAUCCUGACGAUUUGUCAGAAAAGGCGAGAGCCAAGCUGGAACGAAAGGAGUCAGCAGAAAAAGCAGCUGGGGAGGGGUUGUUUGGUCGAAUAACCAAGAUGUUCUGGUAGUGGAGGAAUUCACGGACGAUCGUCGUUUCCAUCGUUUCUAGGAACUUUUAUAAGCACAGUCACUAAAGCACGCUAAUCUGAGUCUUCUCACCGGGUCACCCAAAUUUGCUCAUCAGAUUCCUUCCGAC